ACCCUGGACGCGGUCCAAAAAGAUGAGAAACUGGAAAUCAGUUGGAAGAUACCAGAAGGAAGUGUUGACGACUAUAAAUAUGUGGUGAACCAGAUCGAACAAGGACAGGAUGGUCAAACGACUGUGACGAAGGAAGUGGAGACAAAUGGGCCGAUUAGUCAAAAGGAGGGCAAAGUAACGCAAGCAGUUCACGAGUGUGGUCUGUAUGAGGUUUUGCUGAAGCAGAAGGGAGAUGUAAAGGCAAAGAAGACUGUGCAGAUUGGCCUGACAAUCAACUUAACGGCAAAGCUGGAUGCAGAUAAAAUUAAGAUUGGUUGGAGUAUACCGAGUGAAGACUUUAUUCUGUACAACUACACGAUUCAUGAAGUACCGAGUGAAACCAUUCGCGAUGGUUCGGCUUUUAUGGAAACCAAUCCGGUUGAACAAUCGAAAAUGGAGUACCUGGAAAGAACUGUGCCAAAAUGCGGACGGUAUCAAAUCGGUUUGACAAAGGGAAAGAAUAAUUCAGUGUCCACCGAAACCUCGGAAGGUAUGUAUGCACACGAUCAGUACAUGUGGCUCCUGCCAUUUUAA